CUCACCUGCACUACCAAAUCAAAUGUAACCAUGGUAACAUGGAAAAUAAGCCCCAAGGUUGGAGGCCCCUGCACCUUGGGAUACAGGGCUGAUCAGAACAAGACAGACAGAACAAACUGCAGUGACAGCAUGAACUGGAAAUACAGACCAGAUCAAGAUCCUGCCCUUGAGAUACGGCAAGUGGGAAUAGCCCACGAAGGAAAGUACACCUGUGAAGUAGCAGAAAGAGAAGGGAAUUUCCAUGAGAUGUACUACCUGACCGUGCUGGGUAAGGGACUCCUUCCUCAUUUUACAGUUCUCCAAAGGACCGUGUCUGGGCCUGCACAUACAAAGCUCCUCUCCCCAUGCACUGGGGGAAGCGUGCAGUAA